AUGGAGAGAGAGAACGAAGCAGCAUUAGCCAAAGAAAAAUUUGAAAAAGAUUUAAAAGAAGAACGUAAACGUAUUAAAGCAGAAGCAAAGGAAUCAUAUAAAAAACUAGUCGUUUCACAUCGAUCCAUUCCAGAACUAGAAAAUUUAAUAAGUGAAAAAUAUGAAGACAACGAUGUGAGCGUUAAGGUAGUUGAACUUUCGACAAAUGAUAUUGCUACAAAAAAUAACUGGAUUGGAGCUAAUCAACCCAGAUAUGAAAGUGACAAUGAUGUAAGCGAUGAACCCACAACUGAAAUGGAUAAUGAAAUACCAGGUAUGGAACUCAAGCGGACAACUAAACCCAUCAAUAUUAAAAAAGAAACUAAGAAGUUUGACUCAGAAAAGGACGUUAAAAAAGCUUUAAAGAAGCAAGCUACGAAAACAGUUCAAAAGAGUAAAGUGUUUCAAAUGAAAAACAAAUUGGAGAGGCAGAAACAGAAGAAAAAAUCUAGGCAAAUGAAGGCGCAAAGAAUGAAAUUUCAAGAACAGAAGGGAAAAUUCAAAAGGGGUGGUAGCAGAAGAGCACCUUAACAAUCUAGAAUAUUUUGGAGAAGUAUACAUAGAAAAUUUAAAACUAUCAAGUUAGAUAUUUUGUAUUUAUAUGUUGUUUGAUUUUUACCUUUCAAAAAUAGUUUGUAAUUCAAUUCUAUCGUAUGUUGAAAGUAAAUAUCAUUUUCAAUUUAGAA